UAGGCCAAGGAGAAGCAUUUCUAUGCGAAUCGUGAGAAGCGGAUUGUAGAAGGGGAACCGUACAACGGGGAAGUUGAAGUGCUGGUGUCCUCUUUAUGGGAGUUGAACAUGCGUUUCCAGAGGCCAGCUAAUCCGAAGAAGCCGCGAAGGUCCUUCUCUCGAGCGACGCUCAUAAAACUCGCUGUAGCACUUUUCCUCGCCUGCGAAGCCCUUUACUUGGUAACCACCCGUUUCGCCUACGCUCGGCCUCCUGCAGCGCUAGUCGUCGACUUCGCUCGAAUUCUUUUCAACGGCCGGUGUGUGCGGGGACUCUCGUGCGUCGGAAGCGCUCUCAACGCCGCCGCACCGUUCGACUUGCCGGAAGUGUGUGCGGACGUCCUUGCGGGGCCGCGCUCGCGUGAGCGGCGGCACUUGCGGUACUACCAUGCCGCGCUCAUGCGACGUCUCGGCGGGUACUUCGGACGCCACGACGCGACACCGAACGCUGCGACCUGCAGCGCCAGGCUGUGCGAUGCGCUGCAUCAGUGGGCCCAGCUCGCGCGAGAGCGGGAGCUACGCACGACAGACGAUCUGCCAAAAGACGAUCCGCUAAAAGACGACUCGCUAAAAGGCGACCCAUUACCGGAGGAGGAGGUGGCGAGGCAGCAGGCGGCGGGCGUGGGGCAGGUCUGCACGGGGGCGUGGCGGAGCGGCGUGAUGGCGCGUGCAGGCAGAAGCAAGUUCGUUCGGCGGCUGGUGGCGGAGGGGGAGACGAGCCUGGCUAACAUCAGCGCAGGGAUUGACCCGCGUGCGCGCCAUGCAAGCACGUGGAAACGACGCUGCUGGACAGGAGCAGCAGUGCCACGUUAGCAUGUGGCGAUUGGCCGGAGGAGUGCUGGCCUGUGCCUCGCAUGCCGUUCUCCUCUCUCUCUGUACGAGCCAUGCGUGUUCCAUCCUCCGUACGCACCAUGCCAUGCGAGCCAUGCGAACUCCAGCCGGCUCAAAUCCUCGAGUCUGCAUCCCAUCUAGCCUGGCCUGCUUUCUGUCCCCUGCCACUAAUUCCACCGCCUGUCAUCCUCUCCUCAAGCUCCCUCGGGUCCCUCUUUCAGCUCCUAUCGCAUCUCACCUGCCAUCGUUCCCUCAGGACAUUCCUCGCACAUCAUCACCUGGUUAACCCUCCCCCCACAGCCGGGUUACCUCUCCCCCCUGUACAUGCUAUCCGAUCCGAUCCUGUUCCAGCACCGCACAUCGCACAUGCCAGCAACCCACUAGGACCACAGAGCCCACCAGAUCCAACCCCUGGCGCUUCCCGCUUCUCCCCUUCCUGCAUACAUUUCGUUGCUUCGUGGUGCUUUCUCACUGGUUUCCUCCCUUCCGCUCCGUCCACUCUACCCUUGUCUCACAUGCUACUUGCUGUGUGCCCCCUGCUUCCACCCCCUGAGGAGCAGCCUGGUGGCGUCCCUGUCGCAUAAAUCACAUGAACGGAAAAGUGUCAUGGGAUAUAUGGGACAGCGCUGAAGGGAUGAGGUGUAGAAAAGUUAGGGAGAGUAUGUAACGGGGACCGCUAUGUGGAGAAAUGCGGGGAGUACAGUGAUGGGUCGAAAGGUGCAUGGGAUUGAGCGGGCGAGACAGCUGGUGGCAGCGCAUGGACGAGGGUAUCCAGCUCAGCUGGGGCAGGAGCGGCUCGACAGGUCUGACAUGCAGAAGAGUGAGGCAGGUUCGGUGGUCGGAUUCAGGGAGCCAGCGCGGAGGAGAAAUCUUCGGUGUUGGCGAGAGGCUGAGAACGAGGGAGGGAAGGGCCUGAGCUCAGGAAUGCAAUUGCUAGGAGUAGCUCAAAACAGCUUGCCCGACGUUUGGUAGCUACUCUGUUUGUUCUCUCGCAAUUCUGGGAAGGUUGUAUAGCUCUUGCUAGUGAAUGCAUUCGUGAGCUAAGCCAGAUCCAUGAAGGGAGACCAAACUGAGGGGUAGCGAGCAGAUCUCUGGUUGUUAGAUCUCGCCUCAGGCUUUCUUAUACAAACAGAGUCUUAUGGGCGGGAUGUCCCUUAGGAGUGGCACCCGACUGCAAGGAGGAGACGAUUCGCUGAGAGGGGAAGAUAAAGACCUGUCAGCCGAAGGAAGUCAGGCUCCCGAGUCGCCAACGGCGGAGCGUGAGGAGACGCGCGAGGAGCCGAGCGCUGAAGGGGAGAAUCAAGAGCAGGAGCGUCGUGAUUCCAGUGGUUUCGCGAUGCGCGCGGAUCGUCGAACGGGGGGAGAGUUCCCCGCGACGGCGAGAGAGGCGUCGGCGGCGCGCGCGCCCGGGGACGCAGGACGAGGAGACGGUGAACCGACAGCGCUGGGUGGAUCAGUGGGGAGCGGUGGAGUGGGCGCUGGGAACUUUGCCGGGGCCGGGCAGUUCACCGCUGGCAGGGAUUGCGUCAGUCGUUGUGGGAGGAGGGAACCGGAUAUCGUUACACGAGUCUGCUGAAGGUGGAGGUACCCGCUCGCUUCACGGGGGAUCAGGAGUCGGGCCCUCGCCUAAAAACUUACGCGAUGCACGUGCGCAGCGAGAAGUUUUGUUGGGAGCAAGAUGGCCUGGAUCUCAGGCAUUUCUUCCGGUCGCUGGGCAACACGUUGGCGGGUGAUGCAGAGGCGUUCUUUUUGGAAGUCACAUGCAAACAGCUCCUCGGCCUCCUCUCAGCGCCACUCCCAUCCCAUCCCCGUCCCCCCUCUCUCGCGUGCAGGCAUUGUGGGAAUACUGGACAAGCUGGUGUGUGCGCAUGCCGAUGUGUUCCUCGCAGGGUCGUGGAAUUGCGGAGGCGGCAGGGGGUACGAGUCUGACAUUGUGAGGCACCGCCGGCAACUCAACUACUCUGAUGACACUCUCACACGAUGGGGGGAAGGGUGAUGUUGUUAGAAAGAGAGAAUGAUUGACUAGUGUGAGAAACCUAGAACAUGUACUUGUUGGGGUUGUGCUCACUAGAAGCACACACCUAGGCUAGCCUAUAACUUCUACAUACAGCAUAUGUAUAAGUUGACA